AUGAGCACCAUGCCAAUAACAGAACAGCACGGUCCGGAUCCUCCCUCCCCGUGCUUAGACGUUGUGGACACAAGCCCGGCACGUGUGGAUCUUGCAGUAUCUGCACUCGAAAAUCCACCAGUGCGGCCCCGAGUGACACAAAUUACAGGUCCAUUGGACAAGCGUGCUGUCCGACUUCAGCAUCUUGAAAGAGUGCGCGCAGUUGCUUCCCACGGCCAUUUCUUAAAGGUGUGA